AUGGUGAAUCGACCCUCCCACAGUCGCACCAACUCGCACACCGAUCACCGUCCUGCCCAGCCAAGUGCCCUCCGCCAGGCCCUCAGUGCCCAGAACAGAUCUGACAGCGACAAUGGCAGCGGCAGCUCUGCCCCCAUGGCUUCGCCUCCCGCCUCGCCUGGCCCAACCUCUGGAGCCCCCAUCAGCGAGAUCUUUGCGAGCGAGUCGACCCCUCUGAUGCAGGGCAACAACACCACAUCUACGAACCACCGUCGAUCGAGCAUCCACCCGGCGCAUCCAGGUGUCUGCAGCCAUGGCACCUUUAGCCCGCGGCCGUCGAGUCCUGCCAUGACCAUGCAGAGCACCGACGAGGAUGGAAGCGAUACUGGGGGUUCGGGUACACACAUUCCAGUGCUGGACAGUGCGAUCACGACGAUCGUGGGGCAUGACGAUUGGAAACGGUGGUUGAAGAAGAGGAUGCGCACCAAGAAGAUGGGCCACAGCAGUGUGCUUGCUGAACAGGCUGGAUUCGAGGAUACGGCAUUCAUGUAUCUCGCAUACUACGUCCCCUGCUUGAACUGGAUGCGCCAGUACAAGCUCUCAUACCUCCGUGGUGACCUGGUGGCCGCCGUCACCAUGGCCUCCUUCUACCUCCCCAUGGCCCUCUCCCUCGCCGCGAAUCUCGCCCACGUCCCUCCGAUCCACGGUCUCUACGCCUUUGUCUUCAACCCCUUCAUCUACGCUCUACUGGGGUCUUGCCCACAGAUGGUAGUCGGGCCUGAAGCUGCCGGCUCGCUUCUUGUUGGAACCGUGGUGAAGCAGAAUGUUGGUUCUGGAGACGACGAGGAGAACGACCUUUUGCAUGCGCAGAUCUGCGGCAUUGUUGCUGGUAUGGCGGGCGCAAUGGUUCUCAUUGCUGGCCUGGGAAGACUUGGAUUUCUGGAUAGCGUGCUCAGCAAGCCGUUCCUUCGCGGCUUCAUCAGCGCCAUCGGCUUCGUCAUUGCUGUCGACCAGCUGAUUCCCGAACUUGGACUCGCCAAGCUGGCCGACGAGGUGGGCGUGAGCCACGGUAGCCCGGUUGAGAAGAUCCAGUUCAUGGUUCGAAACAUUCACGAGUCUCAUGGGUUGACCUUUGCCAUUGCUGGGAUCAGCUUUCUCUUCAUCAUGAUCUGUCGUGAAACAAAGAAUCGCCUCCAGCCCAGGUUUCCCGGAGUCGCCUACAUCCCCGACCGCUUCUUUGUCGUUGUCGUGUCUGCCAUUCUGUGCUGGAAGCUCGACUGGGAGAACAAGGGUGUUGAGAUUUUGGGAACUGUCAAGGCCGCCAACGGUAACCUUCUCGCUUUCCAGUGGCCCUUCAAGCUGGAGCACAUGCCUCACAUCCGAAGUGCCAUGUCGACGUCCUUCCUGAUUGCUCUCUUGGGCUUCUUCGAGUCUUCUGUUGCUGCCAAGAGUCUGGGUUCCAGCGAGACUAUCCAAGGCAUUCAGCUCAGCGCUAACCGAGAGCUUAUUGCGCUUGGCAUCGCAAACAUGGUCGGUGGCUGCUUCAUGAGCUUGCCGGCGUUUGGUGGAUAUGGUCGAAGCAAGGUCAACAAGAGCACUGGUGGUAAGACCAACGCUACGAUCCAUUGCUACCUAAACAAUGCUGACACCUUCCAGAAACCUGUCCUGUCGGCUAUGAUUUCCGUGGUGGCUUGGUCGCUGAUAGAAGAGGCGCCCCAUGACAUCACGUUCUUCCUGAAGAUCCGUGGCUGGACCGAGCUGGGCCUCAUGGCUAUUAUCUUCUUGGCGACCAUGUUUUACUCACUGACUCUGGGCAUGGCGUUUGGCGUGGGACUGUCGAUGUUGAUGGUGAUCAAGCACAGCACCAGACCGCGAAUUCAGAUUCUUGGCCGCAUCCCUGGCACGAACCGGUUCGAGAAUGCUGAGGGAGAACGAAGCAGCCUGGAGUUUGUCGAGGGUUGUCUUAUUGUCAAAAUCCCUGAGCCUUUGACGUUUGCCAACACUGGCGAGCUCAAGUCUCGUCUUCGUAGACUGGAGCUGUACGGCACGUCAAAGGCGCACCCUGCCCUUCCUCGUCUUCGCAGCCUUGACUCGAACCGCAAUGUCAUCUUUGACAUCCAUGGUGUCACCUCGAUGGAUGGCUCAGGCACCCAGGUCCUCACCGAGAUCGUGCGCAACUACCACGAUCGAAAGGUCCGCGUCUUCUUCUCGAGGCCUCCCCAGCGCCGAGACCACCCAGUCUGGCAUCUGAUGGUGAACAGCGGCAUCGUGGAGCUAGCAGGCGGCGAGGGACACUUUGUCAACGACGUCGAGGAGGCCUUGAGGUUGACAGAGUAUGAAGAGAGCGUGACUGGAGAGUCAAGUCGACGCUAAGACUUUUGGAUGACUUGGAUCCGAUUUUCAUGAAAGCAAAGACUCUUUAGAUAAAAGGUAGCGGUUUGGUCUUUCUUGAUACAUGCAUACAUGGCCCUGGAGCGUUGAGGAUGUUGAAGAGCGGAGGAGAUACCAAAAUCUGAGGGUGUAGCGAUGAAGUUGAGGGCUGAUAAGGAAUAGCAUUGGGUAAUCGGCGCUAUAUAAACAAUAGGAUGCACUCUUUUGCUGAAUUUUGAACAUGUGGUUGCCG